AUGGUUCGGUGUCAGCGAACGUGGGACAAACCGUCCAGAUCACCUGCUCUGGGAGAAGCUUAUGGUUAUUAUGGCUGGCACCAGCAGAAGGUACCUGGCAGUGGCCCUGUCACUGUCAUCUAUAGCAGCAACAAGAGACCCUCGGGCAUCCCUUCGCGGUUCAUUGGAUCCUGGUCCGGCUCCACGGCCACAUUAACUAUCACUGGGGUCCAAGCCAAGGAUGAGGCUGUCUAUUACUAUGGUGGCUACGGCGGCAACAGCAGUUAUGAUCCCAUGGUGGCACAGAGCAAUGGGAAAGUGAUACAGAAACCUCCCACCAUUGCGGGGACCACCCUGGUCCAGGCAGCGCUGACUCAGCCACCCUCCGUGUCAGCGAACGUGGGACAAACCGUCCAGAUCACCUGCUCCGGGGGUAGCAGCAGUGGUGGUGUUGGCUGGUACCAGCAGAAGGUUCCUGGCAGCACCCCUGUCACUGUGAUCUACUACAACGACAAGAGACCCUCAGACAUCCCUUCACGAUUCUCUGGAUCCAAGUCUGGCUCCACAGGCACGUUAACCAUCACUGGGGUCCAAGCCGAGGACGAGGCUGUCUAUUACUGUGGUGGCUACGACGGCAGCAGUGCUGAUCACGUUUAUGAAGGCACUGAGUAAUGGGGACGUGAGACGCAGAGCCCAGCAUCGAAGAGGAAGAUUUUCAGCCCUUGUUCCUCAUGGCCAAGCAGAGUUGUGGCUGUGGAGCAGAGCAGAGGUUCCUGUGCCCUGUCCAAGGACACGACUGUGAAUGUCCCCGCUUCCAUGUC